AAAGAUCUCAUCUUCUCUCCUCUUUCAUUUCCUAUCUAUCUUGUAUUGUUAAGUUUCAAGGUUUUCUGCUAAAUCAUUGCAAUGGAUAGAGUUGAAUCUUAUAUGUUUAAUUUCACCGGUGAUCAGUCCUCUUCUGAGUCUUUCUCUUCUUCCUCGGCUUCCUCUUCCAUUGGGAGGAACAGCGACGACGAAGAAGAGCUUCACUGCGAGGGAAAGUCGUCGGAGGACGAAGCUGAGUCUUCGUACAAAGGACCUCUUGAUCUGAUGGAAUCUCUCGAAGAAGUCUUGCCCGUUAGGAAAGGGAUAUCGAACUAUUACAGCGGGAAGUCAAAGUCUUUCACGAACUUAGCAGCUGCUGCGUCGGCGUUGACUUCCUCUUCGUCGAUGAAAGACUUGGCGAAGCCGGAGAAUCCUUACAGCCGGAGGAGGAGGAAUCUCCUCUGCCAUCAGAUCUGGGAGAACAGCAAAACGACUCCACGUGGCGGGAUCUCGAAGAAACACGUCAUGAGCUCGAGCAGGAGCGCGUUGACGCUCGCCAUGGCGGUUGCUGCUGGUGUGAUGGCGAGAGAAGGAUCUUAUUCAUCGGGAUCAUCGAGUCCGACGACAUCGGGAUCUCCUCCUAGGCAGAGGCAUGGUAGCCAGAUGAUGAUGCUUCCUCCGCUGUAUCCUAGUAGGAGUAAAGAGUCUUUUGGUGAUUUGAAGUCGACUAAGUCGUCGUCGUCUGGUUUUUGUGCGUGGAGAUCGUAUUCAGUGGCGGAUAUUCCGAGGUGUUUUCCGGCGACGGCUAGUGGUAUUGGGUCCAGUGACUCGUAGGAAUGUUAACAGUUGUUUUGUUAUUAUCUUAAUAUGUUUUUGAAGUUGGGCUUUUUUAGUUUUUGGAGUAACCUCCGGUGAAUGUAUAUACGAGUUUUAAAUAUUUGAAUGAAUUGGAUCCACACAUCUUUUUCA